AUGUCUUCCGCGAACCGCGGCACCCCCAGGGCAAACCGCCGCAAGCGGUCCCGCGAGCCCGACGAUGACAUUCCUUCAUCUGCGGGACAGCUGCCGCCCUCCAGCCCGCCUGCCUCCUCGCCGCCCGUGAUCCCGCGCGACGACAUUGAGGACACCCUAGACGUGGAUGAGGAAGACCUUAUCGGCGACAUUGACGAUGCCGACGAGAUGGCCGAGGAUGAGGCUGGCAUUGACCUGUUUGCCGACAACUUCGAGAGGGAUUACCGCGACCGUGAGGCCGAUGCCUAUGACCAGCGAGACAUCGACGAUGAGGGCGACUAUGAAACCAUGGACAUGGCUACCAGGAGACGGCUCGAAGCCCGCCUGAACCGCCGUGAUCGAGAACUAGCUCGGCAGCGUCAGGUGCCCGCAGCAUAUCUACAAGACGAUGACGACGACAUUGGCGCUCUGUCGCGGCAACCGCGCCGCCGCAGACACCGCUACGACGAGGAUCAGGAUGACAUGGACCUAGACGCCAACAUUAUGGAUGAGGAGCUCUCGCUUGAAGCGCUACAGGACGUAAAGGCUUCCAGUUUGACUGAUUGGGUUGCUCAACCUGCGGUGCAUAAGACAAUUGCACGCGAGUUUAAGUCCUUCUUGACUGAGUAUACGGAUGAGCACGGAACCUCGGUCUACGGCACCCGCAUCCGCACCCUUGGUGAAGUCAACGCCGAGUCUCUAGAGGUCUCCUUCGAUCACCUCGCCGAGUCGAAGGCUACUCUCGCCUACUUCCUUGCCAACGCACCUUCUGAAAUGCUCAAGAUUUUUGAUCAGGUUGCGAUGGAUGUCACGCUGCUCCACUACCCUGACUAUGAGCGGAUCCACUCUGAGAUCCACGUUCGCAUCACAGACUUGCCUGUCCAAUACACCCUCCGCCAGCUCCGCCAGAGCCACUUGAACUGCCUUGUGCGCGUCAGUGGCGUCGUCACUCGCCGCAGCGGCGUCUUCCCUCAACUGAAAUAUGUCAAGUUCGACUGCACGAAGUGUGGCGUUACCCUCGGACCGUUCCCGCAGGAUUCUAACGUCGAGGUCAAGAUUUCUUUCUGUCAAAACUGCCAAUCGAAGGGUCCCUUCACGCUGAAUGCGGAGAGAACUGUUUACCGGAAUUACCAGAAGCUCACUCUUCAAGAAUCACCCGGUACCGUUCCGGCAGGCAGACUGCCCCGUCAUCGCGAGGUAAUUCUGCUUUGGGAUCUUAUUGACUCUGCAAAGCCUGGAGAAGAAGUCGAGGUUACGGGUGUGUACCGCAACAACUACGAUGCCCAGCUCAACAACAAGAAUGGCUUCCCCGUUUUUGCCACAAUUCUUGAGGCCAACUAUGUCGCAAAGUCGCAUGACCAACUUGCCGGCUUCCGUCUUACUGAAGAGGAUGAACGCGAGAUUCGGGCUCUUUCCAAGGACCCGAAGAUUGUUGACAAGGUUAUCAACUCGAUCGCUCCCAGCAUUUACGGCCACACGGACAUCAAGACUGCAGUAGCUCUGUCGCUUUUCGGAGGCGUCAGCAAACUUGCUCAGGGCAAGCACGCCAUUCGUGGUGACAUCAACGUGCUUCUUCUUGGUGAUCCCGGUACCGCCAAGUCGCAGGUUCUCAAGUAUGUUGAGAAGACUGCUCACAGGGCAGUUUUUGCUACUGGACAGGGUGCUAGUGCUGUCGGUCUUACGGCCAGUGUGCGCCGCGAUCCUAUGACCAGUGAAUGGACGCUCGAGGGUGGUGCUAUGGUUCUUGCGGAUAGGGGAACCUGCCUUAUUGAUGAGUUCGACAAGAUGAACGACCAGGACAGAACCUCGAUCCAUGAAGCCAUGGAGCAGCAGACCAUUUCUAUCUCCAAGGCUGGUAUCGUUACUACCCUGCACGCCCGUUGUGCCAUAAUCGCAGCAGCAAACCCUAUCGGAGGUCGUUACAACAGCACCAUCCCAUUCUCGCAGAACGUCGAAUUGACGGAGCCAAUUCUGUCACGUUUCGAUAUACUUUGUGUCGUGCGUGACACGGUGGACCCCAGCGAGGACGAGCGCUUGGCGAACUUUGUCGUCAACUCACACGGCCGCGCUCAUCCCGUCAACGCUGCUGCCAACCCGAACUCCAUGGACGUCGAUGAAGAUGGCGACGCGGCAGAAGGGAGGGAGGGUGAGAUCCCUCAGGACCUGCUUCGCAAGUACAUCUUGUACGCGCGCGAGAAGGUGGUCCCCAGGUUGUACCAAAUAGACCAGGAUAAGGUUGCCAGGUUGUUCGCUGACAUGCGUCGUGAAUCCCUCGCAACGGGCGCAUACCCCAUUACAGUCCGCCACCUCGAGGCCAUCAUGCGUAUUAGCGAGGCGUUUGCGAGAAUGCGUCUCUCGGACUAUUGCAACUCAACCGACAUUGACCGGGCCAUCGCUGUGGCCGUCGAUUCGUUCGUCGCCUCGCAGAAGGUGUCCUGCAAGAAGGCACUCGCCAGGGCCUUUGCCAAGUACACCCUGGCCCGUCCUGGUGCAGUACGGAACCCAAGCUCGAGAAACUCUCAGGUCAGGGUCAACGCCUAA